GCUAAUUAAUUUUGUUUCUAAUUAAAGAGCACCACUGAGUCUGCUAAAGAUGGCUACCAAUUGUAGCGAGCUGACUAGUUGUCCAGGAAUGUUUUGUGGCCGCUUGAACUUGACCAACUCCUGUUUCUCUUCUUGUCAGGCAUGUCCAAGAGGGUAUCGAGUUGAUGAGGACAGUUUGUGUCGUCCAUGCGAUAGUCCAGCGGAUCCUCGUGACUACCUGUAUCUUGUGUUCAUGGGGCUGGUAAUGCUCUUCCUUAGACUAGGCAUUGUCACUUUCACUAACUGGUAUAAACUGAAAUCACCUGUAGUCAUUCCUUUUUAUGUUAUUCCAGCAAUAGAGACAACUUUAUCUAUCAUAUUUACUCUCCUUGUCCUUCCACCUCAAGGUAGUGUUGGUCUCAAUUCCUGUCGUGUGUCAUCAGUUAACGACUUUUAUCCGAUAUUUUUUAAUCCAAGUGUUGACUAUGUUCACUCAUUAAAGUGUUCUUAUGAGGUCGUCUAUCCAUUAUACAGCAUGGUCUUUAUAUUCCUUGGUUGGAAUUUCCUCCUCCAUCUUCCUUUCCUUAUCACUGCACUGUCUUAUUCCUACUAUGCAUGGUCUAAGGAGAAGAGAGAGUACUUCUCUGCUAGGACAGAGUAUGUGUGGCUCAUCAUGUACCCCUUUGUAUUAUUAAUACAUGGAACUCUUGCUGGACUCAUUUAUUAUACCUUUGAUUAUGUGACAAUAAUUCUUGCCAUUGGAUCAUUUGCUGUUCUCUCUACCUCAUUGCACAUAUACAAAUUUGAUGAUAUGAAGAACACAUUCAAAGUGUACAUACUGGGUAUUGAGUGGCUCAUUGUCAUUGGUUCCAUUAUACUCCUCUCUUGUGGGAUCCUCUCAUUAACUGAGUGGUCGGACGUCAAGACCCGCUCGUAUUUCCUACCACUGGUCCUGUUGCCUCCUCUCAUUCAUCCUGUUCUCAAUCAUUUUGCUGCUCCUCUUCCUGUCUUCCAGUGCUGGGGUGUGAAGGAGUAUGCUGACCUUUUUGAUUACUAACUGUUAGUGUAUUAUUACUGUUAUUAAUCUUUUAUUGUUGUUAUUAUUAUUAUUGUUAUUUGUCGUUGUUAUUGUUGUUCUUAUUAUUUUUAUUAAAUUAUAAUUAUGAGGAGCUACGUUGUAUUAUGACAAA